CUUGCCUCACAUCCAUAUCGAGUUAGGUUUUUUAGCGUUUCUUCUUCUUCCUCCUUAAGCUGCAGGAUUGUCUCGGGUGCUUAGUAUUGGGUGGUUUAGAUCUGAACCCCUUUCGAAUCGAUUACAUCCGUACCCAAACCCCUCCCUCCUCCCCCCACCCCCCCUCCCGCACCCUCGAUUCGAAAACAUGAUGCCAUCGAUCCUGAUUGCAAGGAACCAGGCGAGCGGUCAGAACUUGGUCGAUUCGACUAAGAUCGCAAGAAUCGUAAAUGAUUCCAAAACGUCUCUCCCCAAAGAGAAGAAGGAUAAGGAGAGGAGAAAACAGAAGAAAGAAAAGCGUGAGAAAUCUCACAAACAUUCUUCCAAAAAGUCUAGUAAGUCCCCAGGCGUUUCUGAGAAGAGUGGUGUGACCGAGGAGCUUGAUGGACCUCAAAACCACCUCGGUUAUCUAUCUGACGGAAGCCAGAAUAGUAACAAGAGGAAGAGAGACUGCUCUCCUCCGGCUGUUGAAAGUGUCGUCAAAGUUGUGCCUGUAGCAGGUAAACCUCUACGGAUUCGUUUGACCUUCAAAAAACCUAAGCUUGAAAGUCCUCUUCCCCGUGAGGAUGUUGUUACCUGUUCUACUUCCGGUGCUGAGUCUCUCAAUCAGGCACCACAAGCUACCGUAUUCUCUUCUCUAUGUGAGCCUGAGCUGAAUGUUCCCUCAACAUCUGAGACGAAGAAGAUAUGUGAGCCUGAAGUGAAUGUCCCCUCAGCAUCAGAAGCUGCAGUAGCUGGUGAAGCUAAUAAGAGAAAGAAACACAAGCCGACCAAAGAAGACCGAUACAAUGCAUUGUUUGAUGAUUGGACUCCAAUUUCCACCAUUGCCAUGGAGGUUGAUUGUUCCUCUAAGAACGAUGACGACUGGCUAUUUGGCAGCAGGACUAAAGAGAGAACAAGCUGCAAAGCAGCAAACAAGAUUGAUGAAGACGUGCGUGCAUCUUGUGAUUCGUCUUGGCCCAAAGCUCAGUUUCUGUCUCAAGUCGGGAUCUAUUCUUUGCCGUAUACCGUCCCGUUCUAGUGUUUGUUAGUCUUUACUCGUGUACAGUACCUGAUUGUAACAACAGUUCUCUAAUCUAACCCAAUUUUGACACGGUCCA